CGGUGUGAGCAGCUUAAAUCACUCCGGGAGCCCUAAAUGUGUCAGACAGGCAGCCAGAGACUCGGCAGGAAGGAAUUGGCGGAUUUCAUAGCAUUUUUUAUUUAUUUGUCGAUAUUCUCUUACAGAUAACCACGUCUCUAUCUAUAUAUAUUUUAUCUAAAACAAGCCCCACAUACCAUGACUGAACAAUCAGCGCUGCUUCUUCGAAAACAGCUGGCAGAGCUCAACAAGAACCCUGUGGAAGGCUUCUCGGCAGGGCUCAUCGAAGAUGAUGACAUCUACAAAUGGGAGGUGGUCAUAAUUGGGCCACAGGACACGCUGUUUGAAGGAGGGUUUUUCAAGGCUUAUCUGACGUUUCCUUAUGACUAUCCCUUGCGGCCUCCAAAGAUGAAGUUCAUUACUGAAAUCUGGCAUCCUAACGCUGCCAUUCUGGAUGUUUCUCAGUCACUCAGAGACAAUGCCUGUUGGACUGGAAUGACAUCAUGCAUUGGAUUCAACACUCUCACUGCUCCGAUGUUUGAUGUGGCGAAGAACGGGGACGUGUGCAUCUCGAUCCUGCACGAGCCCGGGGAGGACAAGUUCGGCUACGAGAAGCCCGAGGAGCGCUGGCUGCCCAUCCACACGGUGGAGACCAUCAUGAUCAGCGUCAUCUCCAUGCUGGCCGACCCCAACGGCGACUCUCCAGCCAAUGUGGACGCCGCGAAAGAAUGGAGGGAAGACCCCAAUGGCGAAUUCAAGAGGAAGGUCGCGCGCUGUGUGCGGAAGAGCCAGGAGAUGGCCUUCGACUAGACCAGUCUCGUCUCCUGACUGUCUGAGAUGCAAGAUUUAGGAAAUUACUCUUCCUGAAGAAAUUAUCUUGAUCUUCAAUAAAGGCUAUGUGUUUUGCACCCUUACUUUCACUGUUUUGGGAAGGGCAAUUCGAAACUAGCCACACUGGUUGUUCUGAAAUAUUUUUUUGCAUUGUGAAGAAAGCAAGCAACCAGCUGAAUAUCUUUGCUUUCCUACCUGGAAUUGUACAUUUAAUUUAUUUAUUUUGAGGAUUGUUAUAAACCGUGUAAGAUAUCACUUCUGUAAAUUAACUUGCUUUUUUAUCUGCCACUAAACCGUUUCUACUUUAUAUCAGGUUUCUUAUGCAAUUUCUUGGGUUUUCAAUUGUGGUGCUUGAAGAGACUGUGAAACAGAUUUAAAACAAUUUCUCAAACUCUUUGCUUGUUUUCCCUGACUGCUCAGGGGGCACUCUUGCAAAAUGCAUUGGUUUUUCUCCCACCAAGGCUGCAACAUUUUCAGUUACUCACAGCUGCCUUAAUUUGUUUUUGGGAGGUAUCCUGUAAAAAUACCAGGCAAUAGUUAGAGUGUGCUUCUGCUGUCAGACUAGGCCCCAAACUGUCAAAAUGCAGCCCCUAGGUAACCACGGAAACAGACUAGAUUUUUCCCCUGCUGUCAAACCAGUUUUUCCCUCUGUGGCUCUGAAAAACGAGUCCAAGAAAAGAAACUUUAAGAUGAGCAAAAAUAAUAGUGCAGAUGAGCCCCAAAAAAUGCUGAACUUGAGUUUUUUUUUUUUUACACCUCCAUGGAUUCACCUUGAGCUUCUCUUGUGCAUUCAUGAAGGGAUUUGUUCAUCUUUCUCUGCUGCAUUUGAAAUGAGUGUGGGUUAGACUUGCACAGGAAUGUGUCUCUCCAAGCUCAAACACUUUGGUUCCGUUUUGGGUUUUUUUUUUCCUCCCAAAUUUGGCAGAAGCACACUUUAGCACGGCAGUGACGUGUCUUCAUGAUUUUGACUCACUGGGUAAUUACACUUAAAAGCUGGCUAUGUAAUCUGCUUUUUCUUUUUAAACCCUGUGUCUACUGCUAUGUUUUUCUUUCUGUAUGCGUGUGUGACAUGCUACAGCAAAAAUUGCUUAGCAAAGGAAACCUCAAAGUGGAAGAGCAGAAUGCAGGUCAAGGUGUGUACUACUGCACUACAGUGUUUGCAAAAGGUCUGGUGUAGAGCCUUGAAAAGUCUUAGAGGUGUCAUUUGUACAGGAAUAGUGAGCAGGAGAUCUUUUACAGAAUGCCUUUUCAUGGUGAUCAUCUUGAAAAGCAUUUUAUGAAGUCAAUUUUCUGUGGACCGGGUGCAUUCAAUGUACUAUUGCAUUGUGAAACGGAAGGGGCGAUUGCAAAACGGUGCAUUUGGCAUCUCCCAUUGCUGAGAUAAGACCUUGCAAUUUGAUUCAAAUUUAAUCGAAUAAUUAGUUAGCAGGUUGUGCCAAAGAAAUGAAAAGCAGGCAUUUGAAUGGCCUUGCAACGGGGCAUUGUAAUUUUCCAUUUUAAGUAAGAAAUCCAGCAAAAAGAAAACCUGUAGCAAUGGCGGGGGGAAAUAACUGCUUUCAGAGGUGCUUCAUGCUCCUAUACAAUAUAUCGGGUAUUUUAAAAAGCUGGCAUACUGACAGGUUUAGGUCUUUAGCUGUUUUUCAUUGUUUUUGGAUUAGAGAGAACACACCAGCAUUUAUUUUGAUUUUGGACACUGAAGCCUCCCAAGAUGUCAGGUUGUUGGUAAAUGAUCAGAUGAUGUACUGGAUGUUUAAAAGUCUGCAUGCUGGCAGCUGGUAUUUGCAUUGAUUUGCGUUUCACAAAUCGCUUUUACGCUGUUUUCAACCCCUUCUUAUUUUUUGAAUAUCACUUUAAAGUAAUUAAUGUUGUAAAGUAUUUUUUUUUACAUUGGCUGCCACUACAGACUGGUCUACACUGUACGCGUUUGAAAGAUCACAAAGCAAUAGAAUUUAAAAAAAACAACAGCAUUUAUUUUGUUACUUUUUAAGUUUUAAUGUUACUGGGGGCAGUGAUCUUAUUUGUUCUCCCACCAGAUUAAUUGUUUGCUGGUCACUCUGGUUUGAUAAAUUUUACCUUUUCCUUUACCCCCCUUUCCUGUUGUAUUUUUGUGUAAAUUGUAUUUAAUCUGAGCCCAAUAAAAUGUGUAAAACCUC